CCCAAACGUCCGCCCAACAAGCAAAGCAAGAAGCAGUCGUUGCACUUACACCUCGCACGUCCAUCAUCCCAGCAACCAAACCAAACCAAGCACCCAACAAGCAAGCACCAGCACCGAGCAAGAAAGAAGCAAGCAGCCAUCAACACCACCACCGCCGCCACCAUGCAGCCAACAGAGCAGACAGCUGUCGUGCCAGCCUCGGGCCUUAAGCAGCGCGAGGAAGAACAGAACCCCAACAUGCCCAGGAUCACGAAGAAGUACCUGAAGCAGCUGUGCAAGGAAAUGAAGCAGUACACAACACCAAGCCUCAACGACAUUCUUUAUCUGCACUACAAAGGCUUCACCAAGAUCGAGAACUUGGAGGAGUACACGGGCCUGCGCUGCCUCUGGCUGGAAGGAAACGGCAUCUCUGAGAUUGAGAACCUCGACGCGUUGACGGAGCUGCGGUGUCUAUAUCUGCAGAAGAACAUGAUCCGCGAAAUCAAGAACCUUGAUGCGCUCACCAACCUCAACCAGCUCAACCUGAGCAACAACACCAUCCUACGCGUCACGGGCCUGUCCAACCUGCACAACCUGGGCACCAUCCAGCUCACGCACAACCACCUCAAGACGGCAGAUGAUCUCAAGGGCCUCAUCGAGUGCCCAUCACUGAGCGUAGUUGACGUCUCGCACAACAAGAUCACCGACCCUGAUGUCGUCGACGUGUUCGCGCAGAUGCCGAACCUGCGUGUGCUGAAUUUGAUGGGCAACCCUGUCAUUCGCUCCAUCGAGAACUACCGCAAGACGAUGAUCCUCAAGUGCAAGCAGCUCACCUACCUCGACGACAGGCCUGUGCGGGACAAGGAGCGCGCGUGCACAGAGGCGUGGGCGGUUGGCGGUCGCCAGGCCGAGCGCGAGGAGAGAGAACGGUGGAACGAGGAGGAGCGAGCGCGCCAGUUCCGGGCCGUCAAGUACCUGUGGGAUCUUCAGAAAAAGGCGCAGGAGGAACGCGCAGCACGCGGGGAGACGAGUGACACAUCCGACAACGAGGAUGCAGAUGAGGUGGACGGCAGCCCCGCACUGCACGAGGCCGCUACCGUUGGCUCCACACUCGGCCGUGACCCCGUGUUUGAUAACCUGUAUCGACACGCGCAGCACGACGAUGGUGAUGGUGAUGGCGCACCUCCACAGUUGGAGGAGAUUCCACAGGACGAUAUGCAGGCGGACGCGCGGAUGCAGUACAACAGGGAGCAAUACGGACACUCUGGUGCCACCAAGGAGCAGGUGGCGCAGACAGCGGCGAGUUCGGGAGCGGUGCGUGCAGACGUGAUUGACAUCACGGGGCCACGCGCACCGCGGCAGCUGUGGGAUGAAGACGAAGUGGACGAGUUUGAUGAUCAGGAGGAAGCGGCACCAACGUCGCUCGCGGGGCAGAGCGCGUUUAUCACGCAGCCGCAGCAGGAGCCACGCCGCAUGCUGAUUGAGGAGGUGGCCAGCGAUGACAGCAGCAGUGCCGGCGAAGAGCAGGAGCAGCAGCAACAGCCGCAACAAGAGAUCACCACGCUCGUUGGACGUGCUCGCAUUGGUGAUGACGAUGAUGAUGAUGAUGAUGAGCUUGAUGAUGAGACAGACAACGAGGACAGCGAUGUGCCCGAGGAGAUUGAGACGGGCCGUGGGCCACGAUGGGAGGGCAUUGGCGCCAACAGCAACAGCACCAACAAACCAAGCGUUACCACAGUAGGUGGCAGUGACGGCGGCACACGGCCUCUCAUCCAAGUCGUCGCAUCCACAGACGUGGAGGACCUCGACUGAUGUGUUGUGUGUGUUGUGUGUUGUGUGUUGUGUGUUGU